CGGGGAGGAGGCGGGAACCGCGCGGGGGUGCCGGUGUUUGUGUCCGGCCAUGUCCCGCUUCUUACAGGCGCUUCGGCGCUCCGGCAGGGCCCCGGCGGGGGGCCCGGGCGUGCAGGAGGCGGACGUGUCCCAGUGGGGUCUGACAGGCAUUAAGCUUCGUCCCUAUCAAGUAGAAGGUGUAAACUGGCUGAUACAAUGCUGUGAAGUCCAGCAUGGCUGUAUCCUGGGUGAUGAGAUGGGUCUUGGGAAGACUUGUCAGACUAUUUCACUACUUCUUUAUUUGACAAAAAAAUUAACCAACAAAGAGAGAUUUCUGAUACUUUGUCCUCUGUCUGUUCUGAGCAACUGGAAGGAGGAACUGGAGAGGUUGGCUCCAGGUCUUUCUUUCACAACGUACAUAGGCAAUAAGGAAGAGCGACCCAAACUGCAGCAGAACCUGAAGGACUCUCACUUCCAUGCACUCUUGACAACGUACGAAAUUUGCCUGAAAGAUGCAGCAUUUCUAAAAUCCUUUAACUGGGCUGCCUUGGUUGUAGAUGAAGCUCACAGACUGAAAAAUCAGAGUUCUCUGCUUUACAAGACACUUUCUGAGUUCUCAGUAGGCUUCAGCCUGCUACUCACAGGCACUCCAGUCCAGAACAGCCUCCAGGAGCUGUAUUCCUUACUCAGCCUUAUUGAGCCUGACAUCUUUCCUAAGGAACAAGUGAAAGAGUUUGUUGAGUAUUACCAAGCAAUUGAAAAGGAGAGUGAGCCGGCCAAAGAAUUGCACAGUCUUCUGCAGCCAUUUUUGCUUCGGAGAGUCAAAUCUGAGGUGGCUGCAGAACUGCCAAAGAAGGUGGAAGUGGUUCUGUACCACGGAAUGUCAGCUCUGCAGAAGAAGUACUACAAGGCCAUUUUGACGAAAGAUCUCGAUGCAUUUGAAAAUGAAACAGGAAGAAAGGUUACACUUCAGAAUGUCUUAGUUCAGCUUCGGAAGUGUGUUGCCCACCCGUACCUUUUCAAUGGUGUUGAACCAGAACCCUUUGAGAUUGGAGAGCAUAUUGUUGAAGCCAGUGGCAAGAUGUGUUUGUUGGAUAAACUCCUUUCAUUUUUAUAUGCUGGUGGGCACCGUGUCUUGCUCUUUUCUCAGAUGACUCAACUGCUUGAUAUCCUCCAAGACUACAUGGACUAUAGAGGCUACAGCUACGAGCGGCUGGACGGCUCUGUUAGGGGUGAAGAGAGACACCUUGCCAUUAAGAACUUUGGUCAACAGCCCAUCUUUAUCUUCCUGUUGAGCACCAGAGCAGGUGGAGUUGGCAUGAAUCUGACAGCAGCAGAUACAGUUAUUUUUACUGAUAGUGAUUUUAACCCGCAAAAUGACUUGCAAGCAAUAGCAAGAGCUCACCGAAUUGGGCAGCACAAGCCUGUGAAAAUUAUCCGCUUGAUUGGGCGAGAUACGAUUGAAGAACUAAUCUACCGAAGAGCUGCUUCUAAACUCCGUCUGACAAAUGCUGUUGUAGAAGGGGGUCAGUUUGCUCUGGGAGCACCCAAGCCUCAAGGAGCAGCAGAAUUACAGCUGAGCGAAAUCUUGAAAUUUGGCUUGGAUAAAUUGCUCUCCUCUGAGGGGAGUACUAUACAGGAUGUGGAGCUGGAAAACAUCCUUGGAGAGACAAAAGGAGGGAACUGGGUAAUGGACGUUGUGCUGCCACGUAAAGAAGAGAAUGAAGAAGAGAAUACAGAGAAUCACAUGUACGUGUAUGAAGGCAAAGAUUAUUCAAAAGAACCCAGCAGAGAAGAUAAAAAAGCAUUUGAUCAGCUUUUGGAUCUUCAGAAAACACUGUUUGAAGAGACCAGUAAGGAAGGGAGAGCUCUCCGGAACAAAACAAAUGCCCUUUUCACAGGCCUUCGGGAACAGUCAGCCAGGAGGAAGCACUUGUUUAGUGCAGAGGAGCUGGAGGCAAGGACGAAAAAGCGCCAAGAAGCAGCAGCAAAGAGAGCAAGGCUAAUGGAGGAAAAGAAGGCAGCAAAAGCAGAGGCAGAGCACAAGAAAAAGAUGGCCUGGUGGGAGGCAAAUCAUUACACAUCUACCUGCCUUCCUUCAGAAGACAGUGGCUCUGAGGAAGAGUUUGGGGAGGAUGAGGUUGGGCUGGAUGUGGAUUUAGAUUGCAAAGAUGCAGACCAGAACAAUAUCAAGUACGUCAUGGGAGAUGUAACCCACCCCCAAGCAGAAGAGGAAGAUGCCAUCAUUGUCCAUUGCCUAGAUGACUCUGGCCGCUGGGGAAGGGGUGGUUUAUUUACUGCUCUGGAAGCUCGUUCUGAUCAGCCAAGGAAAAUAUAUGAGAUGGCAGGAAAGAUGAAAGACCUGGAGUUAGGAGGAACCCUGUUAUUCCCUAUUGAUGAUAAAAAAUCAAGGAAAAAAGGACGAGACUUGUUGGCCUUGAUUGUAGCUCAGCACCGGGAUCGGUCCAACAACUUGUCUGGCAUUAAGCUGUCUGCUUUAGAAAAGGGCCUGAAGAAGAUUUAUUUGGCAGCCAAGAAAAGGAAUGCAACAGUGCAUCUUCCACGUAUCGGAUAUGCAACAAAAGGUUUCAACUGGUAUGGUACUGAGCGGCUCAUCCGAAAGUACCUGGCAACACGGGGUAUCCCCACCCUUAUAUAUUACUUCUCUAGGAGUAAAGGCUCUUCCUCUGCUUCACAGCCAUAUUCAUCUCCAAUGACAGUUUCAAAGCCGUGAAGGUGCAGUUAGUUCACCGAGAAACAUGCUCAAAGAGCAAACACCACACGGGCAGUCUGUGUGCAUUCACUUCAGAAAUGAGUCUUACACAGCCAUUACUCACCCCUGUAUCUCUCUGCCUUUACUGGCCCCAACGUUCACAUAUUGCCAGUGGCCCUGGCAAGGAAUCUGACUGCUUCAGAGUCCAAAGAGGAAGGACGUUGGCUCAAUCCCAGAUCUGUUUUGGAGAUGAAUAAUUAAACUUCCACUGAUGGUCCAUUGUUGUCCCUUACAUUAAGUUAUUGUUAAGGCUUGUAAUACAGUAUUGUUUAGCUGUAUUUCCCUGCCCUCCCCCCCUUCAAAUUCCAUACCUUAUAUCACUAUACUUCUUUUCAAUCAGCUUUUUAGUGGUUACCUGGCAUUCUGUGUACAUGUCCACAUAUAACUUUCAGCAGAAAGGAACUUCUCAACUGUAUGACAACCACACAGAAUAAACUGUUUAUACUCUUCUGGUUUUU